GACAUGCAGCUGCAGGAUCGACGAGACCUUCAACUACCUAUGCAAGAAGGACCCAGCGGUGUUCGACCCCAAGACCGACUUCGACAACAUCAACGCAACGGGACUUGCACGACUGGCUGUGGAGCUGGCACCGAGAGAUUCGGGAGACAGGGAGGAGCCUCCAGAUGAGAUCCACAGUUUCACCGAUUGCUCGCACUACGAGUCCGACCACGAACGUGAUGGUUGGGCUGCUGUGGCCGUGGUUGCUCGCCAGGGUCGGUACCACGCGUUAGGCCAGGCGCGGGGCAUGACGAGAUCGGCAUCGAGGACCACAGCCGAGCGAAGGCUAGACAGCACGGCGUCAGAGCUAGUCGCGAUGUUCUGGGCAUACGGAUACAUAAUGACAACAGGGCAUCAGCAGACCAGGACCUUCUCGAUCGUCAACGACUCCAUGCAUACCAUUCGGGACGCGCGAGGAGAGGCACUGCACUCGCCGUUCCAAGAGCUGGCUAGGUGCGUCGCCAUCGCGGCCCACCAAGCGCACCACGAGCACAGCACCACGGGGAGGUACACGAAAGCACAUGACUUCGACCCAUGGAACCAGCUAGCCGACCACCUCGCCAGGACGGCAGAGUUCGACACAUGCGACCGCAGCAUGCAUCACAUCAUAGAGUACAGGACCGAGAGAGACUGGACGGUCCUGCUCUACGACGCGGAGACCAAGACGCGAUACCCAGCACUCGGUGAGCAGGGAUUCUACUACGACAUGAUGAUGCAGCGCAUGAGGCCCAGCAGCGACGGCAAGCUCCACAUGUAUGAGGAAACGCCCGAUAUCACUGCGAAGAAGGACUUCGUCGACGGCGUCAUCCAGUUCAGGACCUCAGGAGACGACGGCGGACAUGGCUGCGGGAUUAUGAUCUCCACCACGAUUCCGUACGGGAUCCUUGGGCAAACGGACCUCGAUUUCAACGACCAGCACGUCAUGGCACCGCACUUCCUGAUGACCAUUAUGGUGUGCCACGCGCCCCACCACCACGCCAAUGUCAGAGACCGGGACCAGUGGUGGGAACAUGCCGGAGAGAUACUGCAGCGAUGGGAAGUCGACAUCACCCUGGCCGACGCGAACGCGCAGAUCGGAAAGGACUCCUGCAGCCCGCCACACAUCGGCGACAAGGACCCAGCCAGCAAGACAUUCGCCAACGGGAAGAAGUGGGUCAACACUGUGAAGAGCGCAAACAUGCAGGUCAUCAAUACCAACUUCGCGGCAGGUCCGACUUACGCAGCAGAUGGCUGCCGUGACAGGAGGCUCGACUACAUCGCCAUGCGGGAGCGCUUCGCGGACUGCGUGCAGGAAUGCUGCACAAGCGAGGACGUGAACGCGCACUGCCAGCGAGUUGUGCAAGGCAUACUCGACGCGGCCAACACAGCGUUCACCACCACCAACCUCGUGCCCAAGGAAGAGUACAUCUCCUUGCCGACUAGGCGGCUACUGAGCGGCGGCAGCGACGGUAUAUCCAACGAGCUGCUCGCCGUGGACACGACGUCGCACGCCCAGGAGUUGCACCCCCUCUUCGUCAAGGUUGGGCCGCGGUUGCAAGAGCCGCUCGGUUGGAGGCACGCAGCAUUUGCUGAGAUCCCCAGAGGCAAGAAGGACUCGUCGACCCAGGUCGCAUACAGGAGCAUCACGCUCUGCAGCAAUAUCGCGAAAAUGUACUACACCUUCCUGCGCGACAAGCUGACCCAGAGCGUCGAGACCCUCCACGUGGAUUCCCAGACGGGCGGACGACGUGGCAGGUCCACAGCGAUGGCCGCACGCCAACUUCGCCUGCUGCAGGCCCUGGCCACGCGAAGCAGGCUGACGCUGGCGAUGCUGCUCGUGGACCUGCGAGCGGACCUCCUUUUCAGCCUAGCCUUUACGAAGCCUCUUCGGAUGGUUGCGGAAAGGAUGGCCAGCGACGACCUGACGAUCGACAUCAGCGAAUACCUACCAGACUCGAGCAGCAGGGCAUACUCCGACGUGGAAUACCAGGACGAGAUGAAGGACAUCACAUACGCAGACGGCGCUGUCUUCACAACAAUAUCGGAGGGUACGACGGCAAGGAUCGAGAGGACCCAGCGUGUCGGCGACAUCGUCUUCGAGUCCUUCGCGAUACAUGGCAUGCAGUUCAACUUUGGACAGAACAAGACGGCAGCGGCCAUAGCAGCAUACGGGCGAGAUGCACGAAAGAUACGCGAGCAGAUUUACAGCCAUCAGGUGAAGAUCACAACAACCGCCCACGACAUCGCGAUCGACGUCACCAGGGAAUACCAGCACAUGGGCACCUGCAUCACUGCCGACGCUUCCUGGGGACCGGAAGUGCAACAUCGAGUACACGACCAGCAGCAAGCACUCGCAUCCAUGCAGCGCGCAAUCUUCGGAAAGGUCACCCUGUCCCCCAAGCGCGCUGCUAAGUACGUGGACGUGCUGACGAACUCCAAGCUGCUCUACCAAGCGGAGCUCCUGGUUGACCUCACCUCAACGGACAUCAAGAAGGUUGGGACUGCCCACGUGAAGGAAUACAGAGAGCGGCAGCUGGAGCGGAAUACGACAAGGCGCCUUCGGUACUUCAAUACCGUCGUCCACGAGGCGCCCACGAGCCUGAGAAGACUGCUGGGCUACGGCGCCCAGGUGGAGGACGGGUGGCACGCCGAGCUGCAGAAGUCGCUGGAGUGGCUGAUCACGCACAUCAGGACCAACAGCAUGCCCGAGCACCCGAACCACUACAAGGCAUGGUACCAGUGGUGCAAGAGGAACCCCAAGAUCAUGACCAAGGUCGUGAGAAAGGCGUGGGAGGCUUACAAGCGCUGGUGGACGGAAUCCUGCAAGCUGAAGAGCUGGAGGAAACAACGAAGGGGCGACAACCAUGACAACGCCGACGCGAACAACACCAGCCAGCAAGCCGGCAGGAAGACGGAUUUCAUCUCCGACUGCGGCUGCUGCCUCAUCUCCGCGGCAUAUUGGAAGCGCCACAGGACCAAGAAACACCUCCCCGCCGAAGACCCAAAGCACUUUACGAAAGGCACGACCUGUGAGUGCUGCAAGACGGGCUUCAGGUCGCGAGCCAGACUGGUCAGGCAUCUACGACACCGAAACACGGGGUGCUUGGGCUACUACCUGCAGGAGGUCGAGCCCAUGAGCACCGAGGAGGCCGAGGAGCUCAAGACACGAGACGCGAAGGAAAUCAAGAAGCUGAAGGCCAAGGGCUG